AUGGUGGGAUCAAGUUCUUCAGGUGGAGAUUUACGAACUUCACAGUUUGAUGGUGCAAACUAUGAUUUUUGGGCUGUCAAAAUGGAGACCAUCCUCAUAGCACAUGAUCUAUGGGAUGUAGUUGAGGUCGGAGUACAACCUCAGCCAGUUCUUGAGGAGGAAGAAGACUCUAGAGGUGAAGGAAGUGAGGCUGAGCAAGUUCCAGUGGAAGCAUCUACCAUCUCUAGAGAAGACAGAAUCAAAAACGCCAAGGCACUGAGUCUCAUUCAAGGAGCUUUAACCGAUGAGCUCUUCCCUUGCAUCAGAAUUGAAAAGACUGUAAAAGGAGCUUGGGAUACUCUGAGAAGAGAGUUCAGAGGAGAUAAAAAGGUAAGAGCUGUAAAACUUCAAGCAGUUAUAGCAGAUUUUGAGUAUAUGAGAAUGACUGAUGGUGAAAGCUUUGAUAGUAAUUUGGCUAGAUUUUUUGGAACUGUGAAUAAUCUGAAAUCUCUUGGUGAAGAUGUGUUUGAAACAAGAAUUGUGCAAAAGCUUUUGAUGAGUCUAAGUAGAAGAUAUAAGUCCAUUGUGUCUAUUGUUGAAGAAACUCUUGACCUUGAUGUUCUUAGAGUUGAAGAGGUCAUUGCAUCUAUCAAAGUCUAUGAUAAAAAGGAGGGCUUGCAUGAUGAAAGAGAUAAAUUGGUUGGGACUGAGAGAGCUUUCAGUAGCCUCAAGGUUGGAAAUAACGAAGUCCAUGGUACUCAUAAGGGCUCACAAAGUAGACCAAAUCAAAAGUGGAAGGGACAAGACAAAAAGGGAUCAAAUUGGCACAAAGGACCUAGAUGUGGAAAAUGCAAUAGGUUUGUUCAUACUGCAAAGGACUAUGAAGGUCAUAGUCACAAACAAGUAGCCAACUAUGCAAAGGAAGAAGAAGUAACCACAGGAACUAUGUUCUAUGCUUGUCACUCUGCAAGUUUGCAAGAUAAAAGUGUAUGGUUUGUGGACAGCGCCUGCAGAAACCACAUGACCUCUCAAGAGUCUGUGUUACUAAACAUUGAUAGGAUCGUGACUUGCAAAGUUAAAAUGGGCACUGGAGAUCUUGUACAAGCAACUGGAAAAGGCACUCUAGUGGUUGAAACUCAGCAUGGGAGAAGGUAUAUACAUGAAGUGUUGCUUGUUCUGGGCUUGGAUGAGAAUCUAUUGAGUGUAGGCCAAAUGAUGGAGCAUGGUUACUAUGUCCUAUUUGGGGGUAACAUGGCAGUUAUCUUUGUUGAUGGCAGCCUCAACAAUGUUGUAACAAAAGUGGUCAUGGGAGGAAAUCGAUGUUUGCCUCUCUCACUAGAAUCUAUGACACCUGCAGCAAGGAAGGCAUCAGUGAUUGAAGACUCUUGGAUCUGGCAUAGAAGACUUGGACAUUUGAAUUUUGUUAGCAUGAAAAAGAUGUAG